AUGAAGACUCUUUAUUUCCUAGUUUCGCUCUUCUUUCUAUUUUCAUGCUUCCUUUCUCUUGUGUUUUCCUUUGAUGAUCUCCCAAAGCAAUGCCUUGAUGACCAGAGAUCUUCUCUGCUACAACUGCAGCAUGAUCUUUACUAUGCCCUUGAUUUCACUUUCUCUUCCAAAUUUGAUCUUUGGGAUGCCAACACCGAUUGUUGUUCAUGGGAAGGAGUUACUUGUGAUGCUUCUGGUCAUGUCGUUGGACUUGAUCUCAGUUACAGAAGCAUUUCAGGCAGCUUUCACUCCAUGUUGGAUCUCCGUCAUCUUCAACACCUUCACCUUGCUGGAAACAACUUCAACACCACUCUGCUGUCGUAUGGGUUUGAUAAACUCCCAAAUCUAACUCAUCUCAACCUUUCAAGCUUGUGCUUCCAUGGCCAAAUUCCAGUGGCGAUGUCGUUCUUGACGAGGUUGGUUUCUCUUGAUCUAUCUAAUCAAAAGCACUGUUAUAUGAGAAACGGUGAUGGUUAUUUUUAUGAUUCACCUACUCUGAAACUAGAGAAACCAAACUUCAAGACACUGAUCAAGAAUUUGAGGCAUCUCAGAGAGCUCUAUUCGGACGGAGUGGACAUCUCGUUUCAAAGUGGUGAAUGGUGUGAAACCACAUCUUUACUACUUCCCAAUCUCCAAGUGUUGAGUCUGUCAAACUGCGGUCUAAAGGGUCCAUUAUGUUCUUCACUCUCAAGACUUCCUUUUCUUUCCAAACUUGUCCUUGACUGGAACCCAAUCUCUUAUUUACCUCCUAAUUUCUUGACAAAUUCCUCGAAUCUGACUUCUCUCAGUUUGGUAGAUUGCAGUUUGAGUGGGCAUUUUCCAACAGAUAUUCUUUUAUUGCCAAAAAUCCAAAGCAUUGACAUUUCGUUUAAUGAUCAACUUAUGGGUCAAUUGCCAGAAUUUCCACCAAGCAGUGCUUUACGGAUAUUGGAGCUUCCUUUUACGGAUUUCGGUGGAAAACUGCCUGAGUCAAUCGGUAACCUUAAGUUCUUGACAGAUUUAACUCUUAUUUUUUGUCAAUUUUAUGGAUCCAUUCCAUCAUCAAUUACGAAUCUUAGUCACCUGGUGAACCUGGAUCUAAGAUAUAAUAAUUUCAGUGGUUUAAUCCCUCCCUUCCAUAGAAUAGGAGUUCCGAAUCUUGCAUCUCUCUAUUUGGAUGGGAAUGGAUUUUCUGGAUCAAUAAAUCCUUACCUAUUUACCCUUCCAUCAUUGCGAGUCUUGUCUCUUGGAGCAGAUCGAUUGGUUGGAAAAAUUGAUGAGUUCCCCAAUGCAUCUGCUUCAUUGAUUGAGGAAUUAGAUUUAGGCUAUAAUUAUUUAACAGGACCAAUCCCAAAUUCAAUCCUUAAACUUCCCAGGCUUGAAAGUCUUAAUAUCGGAGGCAAUAGCUUUAGUUCCAUGAAGUUUGACAUCUUCUUCCAAAUCAAGAAUUUAAGGGAACUUGACCUAUACAACAUAAGCAUGUUAAUGGAAAGUGACAACAAAACCCUCACAUUACCCCAAUUAGAGAUCCUAGGACUAAACUCAUGCAACCUCACUGAAUUUCCAGAAUUCAUCAAAACACAAGACAAGUUGACUUUUCUUGAUCUUUCUGACAACCAUAUCCACGGUGUUGUGCCUAAUUGGUUGUGGAAGGCCACUCUUUCACGGGUAGACCUUUCUUUCAAUGCCAUCUAUUUUCCAAAACAGCUUCCCUCAAGUGAUGCAAACUUCUCUUUUCCAAUGCUGAGGCAAUUAUAUCUGGGAUCAUGUAACAUAAGUGUUUUUCCAGAGUUGUUAAAGAAUCUAGAAAACUUAGAAUUACUCGACCUUUCGAAUAACAGAAUGAGUGGUGCAAUACCAAAUUGGGUGUGGAAGAAAAGCUUGGGUUAUGUGAAUCUUGCUUAUAAUCAUCUCUCAUCUUUGGACCAACUUUUAUCCAACCAAAGUUUAACUUCUUCGCAGGCCUCUUUGCUUCGACCUAUUUGUGAUAUGAGUCGACUAUCCUUGUUCGAUGCAUCUCAUAACAAUUUCAGUGGCCCCAUUCCAAAUUGCUUAGGCAAUAUGAGUGCCCUCCGAUAUUUGGAUCUUCAUGCAAAUAACUUCAGUGGAAUCUUACCAAAUUUUACAAAAGCACCUAAAUUGUCGAUACUCAGAGUUAGCGAGAAUAGAUUGAAAGGGAAGCUGCCAAGAUCAUUGGUGGAAUGCACUCAGCUUCAAAUCUUGGAUUUGGGAAACAACUUGCUGCUUGAUACAUUCCCUUUUUGGUUGGAGAAAUUGCCUGCAUUGAUUGUUCUAGUAUUGCGGGAAAGCAGAUUUUGCGGUCAAAUUAAAUAUGUGAAAAAUAAAACUGUUUUCCCAACUUUGGAUGUGUUGGACAUUGCUUCUAACGAGUUUUCUGGUGAACUAUCCAUUGAUUUCUUUCAAGCCAGUCAGCUGAGGUCGCUCAAAAUCGGCCGGAAUAAUUUGGAAGGGAAGCUACCAAGAUCAUUGGCCACUUGCUCAAAACUCGAAGUUUUGGACGUUGGAAACAAUAUGUUUCAUGAUACAUUCCCGGUUUGGUUGGUGAAAUAUCCUUUCUUGAAGGUUCUCAUCCUCCGAGCAAACAGAUUUUAUGGUACAAUCAAAGCCUUUGACACUGGACUUGGUUUUCAAAACCUAAGCAUACUGGACAUUGCUUCCAACAAUUUUUCAGGAAAUUUGUCCGUUGAAUUUUUGCAAUGUUUGAAGGUGAUGAUGCAGACGACUCAUGGCCACAAAUCUAAGUUGGAUUACAUCGGAAGGCUGUACAACGGAGGGCAGUACUAUGAAGACUCUGUGACAGUUGUUAAUAAAGGGAUUGAAAUGUUCUACCAGAAAGUUUUAACCAUUUUCACAUGUCUUGAUCUUUCCAGCAAUGGUUUCCAUGGGAGAAUAACUGAAGAAAUACGAUUUCUCAUGUCACUCAAAGUGCUAAACCUGUCCUAUAAUAGCUUCUUUGGUGAAAUACCAUCAGCACUUGAGAACCUAAAUGAACUUGAGUCUUUAGAUCUCUCAAUGAACAAUCUAUCAGGUAAGGUUCCUCCACAGCUUACAGGUCUAACUUUCCUGGCGGCAUUGAACUUCUCUUACAACAAACUUGAAGGGAGCAUACCACAAAGCAAUCAAUUCGGUACAUUUUCAAACGAUUCUUAUCUUGGGAACCCAAAAUUAUGUGGGCCGCCAUUGUCAAGGAAAUGCGAUGAAGUUGGUAUUUCGGUGCCACCUCCUCCAAGGGAAGACGGAAAAGAUUCAUGGUUAGAUGCUAUGUCUACUUGGCAAAUUGCUUUGAUAGGCUAUGGUAGUGGUUUGGUCGUUGGGCUAUGUAUUGGAUUUACAGUGCUGAAUGAGUUGGGAAACAGAUGGGUUUACAAGUUCAAAAUGAUGGACUUGAAGCAGGACAUGGAAUCCCCUGAGCAUGUUGUUGUUCAGGAUAUUGCGAGUUGGUGUAAGAGCAACCAGUCUGGUUUAGAUUUUGACCAAGAUGUCAACAAGGGUCCAAAGAUAGUUCUUUCAGGGCAAUACCGGAAGUGCUUGCUCAUACAUGGAUCUCUUUUGGAGUUUCAAAACUACAGACAUUUGAAGACAUAUGAUGAUGAACAUGCUAAGUUUGGGGUUCAAUCCACAUUUGGGGUUCAAUCCACAUUUGCUCAUACCUGGUUGUUUCGUCUUGACAGUUUGGAGGUACUUGAAGCCGUCGAACCUCAAGUGAAGAUCGUUCGUUAA